GAAACCCAACUCUCUUCACCCAAAUCUUUGUCAUAUACGGUAGGGUAUUAUUCCAAAUUAUCGACAAUGCCUUGGAAUGAUCGACCUCGGUUCGGCCAACAAGAGAUCAAUACAAACAAUGGGGACCGACCCUCUCUCGUGAUCAGCCCAGAAAACGGAGCACUGAGCGUCCGAGUGGCUUAGGGAAAAAUCGUUUCCCAGAUAAACAUCCAAUCAACCAAUUCUUGCAACGAAGACGUCAAUGCUAAACUCUCGAGUAUUAAAGUUCAGUCCUCGAAUGGUUCAGAUUCCCCAGCCCACUUCGUUUCCAAGCCUGAGCUCCAAAGACAAUUGAUUUAUAUCUCGUAAUCGCUCAAUUCUGUUAUUCAUUACACAAGACCCAAACAUGCCGAUUAUUCGAAAUCCAUUUGCAAGGAAACAGGAUGCUGGGUUGCAGCCAUCUCAAGACCAGAAUGUUUCUCCCCGCCCUUCCUUCGAACGAGUUUCCACGCAAGCUUCUCGAGCAUCAUCGAUGAGUAUCAAAACGGUGAAAAGCGAAGAACCUCCAGAGUAUAAAAUGAGUGGUAUGAUGCCUUUGCUUAGAUGCAACCAGGGUCGCCCGGAAGCAAUGGUAAACCUUGGCUAACGGGACAAUUGUAGUUGUAAAUGAUAGUGGCGUGUAUCUACCUCCCUCCCCGCCGGAAAAGAAGAGCUUCUGGCCUCGCAGCAAGAGCAAUCUUUCUGCAACCUCAAUUAAUACCCGAACGACCUCGAAUGAUGAGAUUGAUCCUUUCCCAAUCUCAAGAGAAUCGUUUGAUUCAUACAGAAGAUCAUUUGAUAUCUCAGCUAGAUCGCCCAUAAGCCCCAUCGACGGACACGCUGGACGACAAAGUCUUGAUUCAGCAAGACUACCUCGGAUUCAGCGAUCUGCAAUUGGUGAUAGACGAUUCAAUAGACAGCCACCAACGGCCGAAGAAGGAUUCGAAGAUGUAGGGCUAAACGAUGGGGCCAAUGACCCCGCCAAGCAAGUCAAAAAGAAGGGGUUUUUUUCGAAAUUCGGCGAUGAAGCACUCCCAUCAUUCCACAUGCCAGGCAGAAAGCGUGGUCAAAGUGGUACAGGAGAAGAGCUUGGGAAUAUCCCGAAGCCAAGCAACACCACUCCAAAGGUCGAGAUAGAUGAGGUUCGCUAGGGCGUGAUGAUGAGUGUGGAUUUUCCGGAAAGGAGAAAUUAAUAGGCGUUUGGAUGAAUCUUUGUAUAUGCUGCACCGGCACACCUACAAUCGCUUGGGUCUGGUCUUAGAAAUUUCGUGGCGACGGCCGUACAUCAAUUCCAGAUGCCGCAAAGCUGCUGGUAUAAUGAUAAUGUAAAACUUUAAUAGCA